AAAAAAAAAAAAAAAAAAAACCAGAUCUCCUCUUAUUUACUUCCUUCGAUGCUCCACCUCUCUCUAUUUGCUGAUCACUUCGCGGCUCUGAAGUGGACUUCCCUUCAUCGCUUGCCUUCCUCCCACUUCCUUCUUCCACCUAUCAUACAGGUCCUCUGUUGUAACUCGCCCGAAUGUUACCUGUUGCAGUAGCAAUUUCCAUCACGUUCGUAAGAUAGAGAAGAUUCUUAGCUUUGAAUAAUUUAAGCUCAGAUUGGGCAAUGAACUUGGAUUGGUUCUGUCUUAGAAGACUACUUCAUUAUCACCCAGCCAAACCUUGUUGAUAAGAAGACUUUUAGGUUUGCCAAGGAAGAACGAAAAGAAUGGCACCAAACUUAGAUCGUCUGAAAGAUGUGGUGCCCGACAUCCUUUCUAGGUUGCCCGUAAAAUCUUUAAGGCGGUUCGCGUGUGUUAAUAAAUCCUGGUACCGCUUAAUCAAAAGCCAGACUUCAUCUUCCAACACCUUCACACCUUCAACAACCACAUGAACUUGACAGAUCCUAUUAAUCUCCUUGUCAACCGUACUAGGCGUGCCACUUUUGGUCCUUCUGGCCUUAAUCGAAAGGCUUUUGUUUCUCUUCUGUCUUUUAACCCAACCAGCAAUAGUGCCUCUCUCAAUCUGCUGGAUUUAAUCUAUAACCACAAUGAAGUUGCCCAUGUGGAAAUUUUAGGUCCUUGCAAUGGCUUAUACUGUCUCUAUAGCUUUCCCAUUCUGAUUGUCAACCCAUCAAUGAGAGAGUACAGAAUUCUUCCAGAUAGCCCGGACCCACCAGAAACUUACUCCUUGCAACGCUAUCAUGGGUUUGGAUUCGAUCCCAAAACUAAUGAUUACAAGGUGGUUGUGAUGAUGGACACAUGGCGUGAAGAAACAGAUGAACAAUUGCCCUGGCGAAUUGAGAUAUACUCUCUGAGUUCUCAUUGCUGGAGGAAUGUUGACUGCCCUCUGCCACCUGUUUCCGUUUGGUGUGGAUCUUGGAUUGAUGCCUUUGUUAGUGGAGCAUUUCACUGGUGGGCUUAUGAUUCCGCUGGUGACUUGGUUCUUGCAUUUGACAUGCUAAAUGAAACAUUCCGAACGUUCAGGCUGCCAAAGGUGAGGACUUCUCCACGGGACUAUGCUGGAACUGUUGCUAAGUUCAGGGAAUCUCUAGCUGUGAUUGUAUAUCCCAGAAGGGGAACAGAGAAGUGCUUUGAUUUGUGGGUGAUGGAAGAUUAUGGAAAUGAAGGGUCUUGGACCAAGCAUUCCAUUAUUGGACCCAUCGUAGGUGCAAACCGGCCAUUGGGAUUCUUGGAAGAAAAGAACCUGUUUCUUUUGGAAGACAGUGAUGGUAGGAUGGUGUUUUAUGGUCUCCAGACUGAAGAAAUAAUACAUACUGGAUUUCAUGGUGAGGAAGAUUCCUUACAGGCUGUUGUGUACAUGGAGAGCCUGAUUUCACUGCGAAGAGAUGAUGAAAAUUCCCAAGCAGGACAGUCUUUGUUUGGUGUAAUUCCUGACCCUCUCUUUGAGGGAAAUUCAGGAUGAGAGUAAUGUUUUCGUUAUGUUGCUUGCUUCAAUGUUCUCUCUCUAGUAACUAUAAGUUAUGCUUGUUUUUCUUUGGCCAACAAGUAUAAGUUAUGUAAUGUGAAAGAAUGUUAUAUUCUUUGA